AACUGGAUCCACCCAUAAUCUGUUCGACCACAGAAAAAGACAGUGCCUUACUGAAUGUUCUGUAUCAUUUUAUACACAAAUAUCUUGUCAAAUGAAACAUGAAAAACCGGUUCUAGUUCCAGUAAUGAUCCACACAAUUAUUAAAGGCAAGAUUGUGAGAGCUGCUGUUCAGCAUCAGUGUAUUGAGCUGUUUGCUCUGACUUCAGGUGCCGUUCGUCACAAUGAGGUUUCUGAUCUCACUGUGUGUGUCUCUACUGCUGCUGAUUAAUGGGCGACGCGGAGUAAACUGCGGCGCUAAUCAAGUCUCGCAAAUGCGCAUGUCGUGCAGCCGUGCAGAGAAGCCCAGUGGCCAAGGACCUGCAACUUCCAGCUCUGAUCCAUGCUAUGAUUAUAACACUCUUGAUGAAUCCUGGAGAGACAUACGGCAAAGCCAAUCCUCUGGAUAUGAUGACACUCUUGUUGAACGGAGUAGCUGGUAUCGGCUGUAUUUGAAUGGAGAAAGUGCCCAGAUGUCUGAGUGGUGUGUGAGUUAUGUGAGAUGUGGUGGUGAAACUAGCCUGUUUCUCAACGGUUCUCAUCCAACAAUUGAGGAUGGAGUGGUGACCCGUGAAGUCCUGGGAACAUAUUGGAACAGUGAUUGCGGCAGCUACAGAUCUACAUCCAUAGUGAAAGUUAAAGCCUGUCCAGGAGAUUAUUACGUCUAUGAAUUUGUCAAGCCCAACAUAUCAGCUCCAGGGCCUAUGUACUGUGCAGUUGCUUUCCAAAGCAUCAGCAGUGAUCCCUGUUACAACUAUGAGUCUCUGGAUCGUCCCUGGAGAGCCAACAAUGAAAGUGGAAAUAACAUUUGUGAUGAAUCUUUCUCCUGGAAUGGCUGGUAUCGGCUUUUCUACUACAGAAUGGACAUCCGGAUGUCAGAGACCUGUGUUAGUUCAUUCACCUGUAACACAUACAUCAAUCUGUGGCUCACUGAUCCUCACCCUCAAAUAGAGGAUGGGGUGGUGAUCAGGGAGGUCUGUGGUAGUUAUCAUUUGGGAGACUGCUGUGAAUACAAUUCAAACCCCAUCAGAGUCAAAGCUUGUCCUGGCAAUUACUAUGUCUAUGAACUUGUGAGUCCACCAUUUGGAUGUGUUGGAUAUUGUACAGAUAUCAGCACCAUUUCACAACCGGUUUCCACUGUGAGUCCAGAUAUAAUCACUGGAUCCAGUAUCACCUUGAAUUAUGACCCGUGCAAAAACUACAGCAUACUCGACAACUACUGGAGAAGCAUAAUCAUUUACUGGUAUACGAAUGGAUAUGUAAAUAGACAUGAUGACACUCUUGUAGAAUGGGAUGGCUGGUAUCGACUCUUCAUUAAUGGAUCAAGUGCUCAGAUGCCUGAAUGGUGUGUGUCUUACAUGUCAUGUGGAGGUUAUAGUUCUCUGUGGAUUGGUGACUCUCAUCCUCGACUAGAAGAUGGAGUUGUUACUCGUGAAAUUUACGGCUCCCGUAAUGAUCAGUGCAGUCGCUACAGAUCUGAUCCAAUCCAAGUUAAAGCUUGUCCUGGAAAUUAUUAUGUCUACAAGUUUACCAGGCCAACUCUAUCAAUCCCAGCUCCUGUAUAUUGUGCAGUACCUGUCUCCAUCCCAAGUGUCGACCCCUGCUACAACUAUACCAGUCUGGAUGAGCCUUGGAGAGCCACUGACCAUUAUAACUUGGGCAUGUGUGAUUCUAAUGUGGAGUGGAAUGGCUGGUACAGGCUGUUCUACAAUGGUCAAAAUGCUCAGAUGCCAGAAUCAUGUGUUAAUCAGUACACAUGUGGCACUAGUGACCCACUGUGGCUCAACGGAUCUCACCCACAGCUGAAAGAUGGAGUGGUCACUCGUCAGGUCUGUGUCUCCUCAUGGAAUGGCUGCUGUACUUAUGCUUCCCACGCUAUAAGAGUCAAAGCCUGUCCAGGAAAUUACUAUGUUUAUGAGUUUGUCAAACCAAUAUUUUGCGGAGCUUACUGUGUAGAAGCCUCAAGUCAGUCCAUCCCAUCAGCGUCUACAACAACAGAGACAAUCCCAUCCAUACAAUCCAUUACUCCACCAAUCAUAACCACUGGUAAAGUAUUGUCUUGACUCCCAUUACACAAGGGUGUAAAAAAAAUCAUAGCAAACCUUACUUAAUAGCAGGUAUGUACACAGAUAAAAGGUAAAAUAGUACUUCCGCUGCUGAUUUGGCUCAAAGAAAGCACCACAUUUACUUAAAGUGCCCCUUUUGUGUUAUUUUAAAGGUUUUUAAUUUAGUUGUGGUGUCUCUUACAAUAGGUUUUCAUGCAUCCAAGGAAAAAAAAAACACUUUAAUUUUCUCAUAAUUUAUAUUUCACAUCACCUGGUUUCUCAAAGAGUCUGAAAAUGGUUUAUUUAAUGAUUCAGUCUCUCUAAUCUCCUCCUUUCCGCAAGCCUGCUCUGCUGUGAGUGGUUAGACAGUCCAGUCUGUUGUGAUUGGUCUACCACUUGUAGUGCGUCAGAAACGAAAUGCCAUUUACCAUAUCUGAUUUUCAGCUCUGGAUCUUCCUCAGCACUUGAUGUCAGUAAUACGAAAAGAAACAAUGACGUUCCCCGUUACUGAAGCCUUUUUCAAUAGCGCAGUGUAACUGCUUCGUCAUUGGUUCAUUCAUAGACAAGUUGUUGAACCAAUGACAGCGCGGCAUAGCUGCGCGGCCUAUGGCGACAAAGCCUGCGAAUAUUCCCGCCGAAAUGGGCGGGGUAGCUAUAUAAGCAGGCGCUUCGCCAUAGGAUUUCAGUUCUCUCUCCUUCAGCGACGACUUCAUAUCGCUCUUCGCUGAUUUCCGGCUGAAGCCUUUGCCGCCUGGAAGAAGCUCGCCUGGGAGAAGUUCUCACCACUGUCGAAGAGGAUCCCGCUGCGGACUGAGCUGAGACCGCUGAACGAAGACAGCGCCGGCGCCCUCGCACACUGCUGCCUCGGGCGGCGCUCUCGAGCCGUCCGCUUCCCACUUCCGGCCACCUCUCAGCGCGUCUCCUGCCGCCAUCCGGCGCCGUUUAAAGAGCAUUUCCCGCGGCUUAACACCGCUUCCUAAAAGAGCUUUCCCAGUGGCUCUCGCCGCUCUAAAAGAGCUACAAUCGCCGUUUUCACAGCGGCGGCGUUGCCUCAAUGCCGCACCACAGCUGUGGCACAUGCAAAGCCCCUCGCUCCAUGGAUCUUCGCUCUCUUGCAGCUGUUCACCGCUCCGCCCUCGUGCCGCCUUCAGCAUCUGAGAGCAUUCAGCUCAUCCCCUGCCGUCUUCUGUCAGGUGAGAACAGAGCUUAUUUUUCUACUUUCUCGCUGCCAUUUGCUUCAAACGCCGUCUCUCCGAACGCGUCAUUUGCCAGGUCCUCCCCCGCAAACCGCGUUCGUUGAGGAUACGUGCUCUCACUUGGGAGCAUGAGAGCGAGCUCACUCUUAGCUGAAUUUGACAUGAUGACGAGACUCAUGAUACAUUUUCUAUCUGAGUGAGUGUAUUUCUCCUUAUCUCAAUGCGCGUCGCUCGCCGGUCCCUCACCCGCGAGCCGUGUUAGUUCAGAAAUAUGACAUGCCUUUCUUCCCUAGCUUGGGUGAGAAACAUGUUAUAUGCUUAAUUUAAUGGAGCAUAUUUCUGCUGUUUGCACUGAGUCUUUACGCGUUGCUCGCCGGUUCUGCCCGCGAGUCGCGUUUAUUGAGAAAUAUAACAUCACUCUCCCCUCUCUUGGGUGACACCCAUGUUAUAUACAUUCAGUUUAUAUAGCAGAUUUUUGCAGAAGUUAUCUGAAUCUCUCAGCUGAAUUUGACAUGAUGCUCUCCCCUGACUUAGGCGAGACUCAUGAUACAUUUUCUAUUUGUGUGAGUGUAUUUUUCCUUAUCUCAAUGCGCGUCGCUCGCCAGUUCCGCCCCGCAAGCCGCGUCGAUUGAGAAAUAUGACGUGACGUUCUCCCCCGACUCGGGCGAGAAACAUGUUUUUAUACUCUAUUAAUGGAGCUGAUUCUGUUGUUUGCGCUGAGUUUCUCUAUGCGUUGCUUGCCAGUUCCGCCCCGCAAGCAGCAUUCAUUGAGAAAUAUAACAUGUCGCUCUCCCCCUGUCUCGGGUGAGACAUAUGUUAUAUAUAUAUUUCAGUUGAUACAGUGUAUUGCUGCCGAGUUUGCUGAAUUUCUCGGCGCGUUGCUUGCCGGUUCUGCCCGGCAAACCGCGUUCUUUGAGAAAUAUAACAACACUCUCAGGUGAGACCUAUGUUAUAUAUAUAUUCAGUAUAUCAGUCAAUGUAGCAUAUUUAUUCCAGUCUCUCUGCGUGUCGUUUGCCGGCCCUGCCCCUGCAAGCCACGUUCAUGAGGAUGUAUGCGCUCACUGAAAGCGAGCUCAAUGCUCACUCAUGCUUGGUGGAACUAACAUGCUCAUUAUGCUGGACCUCUGUUCAUGUGACUUGCUGGCUCUGCCCUGCAAGCCAUGUUCAUUGAGGAAGAGCAGUCUCACUUCUGACACCGCUCGGCUGAAUAUAUCUUGAUGCUCUCCUCUGACUCAGGUGGGACUCAUGAUGUAUAUUUUUUCAAAAAGCAUAUAUCUGUUUGCUGAGUUUCUCAGUAUGUCAUUUGCCGAUUUCACCCCGCAAGCCACGUUCAUGAGGAUGCGUGAGCAUUUCUAAAAACUAGCCGGUGUGCGGGCCCCCUCCCAGCGGCCCGCCACCCGGCGCCAUUCAACCCCUUGUCACACGGCCAUCCCCGGAGUAUCAAGUGGGUUCAAGGGAUAAUAUCUCAAGGCUACUCGCUCCAGUUUGCUCGCAGACCCCUGCGUUUUGGCGGGGUGCUUCCCACUUCAGUAAACACGGACGACACUCACGUCCUCCAAGCCGAAGUGAUGUCUCUGUUAGAGAAGGGGCCUAUAGAAAUAGUCUCCCCCUCAGAGAGCGAUUACAGCCAUUACUUCCUCAUUGCCUAGAGUGAAGGCGGUCUCAGACUCAUCUUAGACCUCAGACUCCUGAACCUUUCCCUCAUGAGACGGAAGUUCAAGAUGUUAACGCUGAAGCAGAUCCUCGCACAGGUUUGCCCCGGGGACUGAUUCUGCUUGCUGGACCUGAAAGAUGAAUACUUUCACAUCCAGAUAGCCACCCAUCACAGGCGAUUCUUGAGAUUCACAUUCGAGGGUGUGGUUUACCAAUAUACAGUCCUUCCAUUCGGGCUGUCCCUAGCUCCUCGCACUUUUACCAAACGCAUGAACGCGGCGCUUUCCCCACAGUUGGGAAUCCGGUUUCUCAAUUAUCUCGGCUGAUGGCUUCCACCUUCCCGGCUCUGCAGCUCGGCCUUCUUCGGAUGCGGCCUCUGCAAUACUGGUUGAAGUUCCGGGUCCCUCCUCACGCCUGACGGCGUGGCUGCCUGUGUCUCGGGGUCAAUCAGGCCUGUUUGACAGCUCUGAAACCCUGGAUGAACCCUGUAUGGUUCAGUCAAGGUGUACCCCUACAGGCGGUGUCCAGAAGGAUGGUGCUCUCAACAGAUGCAUCCAACACAGGUUGGGGUGCUCUUUGCAAGGGCAGACCGGCCUUCGGCUCGUGGUCUCACGAAGAAAGCCAUCUGCACAUCAACUGCCUCGAUGUUGGCAGUGAUUCGAGCCCUUCACGCAUUUUAGGCACACCUGACGGGACGCCACGUCUUACGUCCAGUUGGACAGCAUGACAGUGGUGUCAUACAUAAAUCACCAGGGCGGUCUUUCGUCCAGCUGCUUAUGCACUCUGGCGAAGCGUCUUCUGGAAUGGGCAUUACCGAGGUUUCAGUCACUCAGAGUGACUCACAUACCCGGGAGAAAGAACUUGGGAGCAGAUAUGCUAUCUCGGAGCAAUGUCCCCUCAGACGAGUGGAUGCUCUACCCCCAGAUGGUUCUCACGAUCUGGGAGUUCUUCGGGAAGGCAGAGGUAGACCUCUUCGCCUCAGAAGACAACUCUCACUGCCCAAUUUAUUUCUCGAAGGAGGACGAUGCACUGGCUCACGUCUGGCCCAGCACCCUCCUUUACGCUUUUCCCCAGAUUGCUCUGAUCUCGCAGAUCAUCAGACGAAUCAGGGAAGACAAGCACAGAGUCCUCCUGGUGGCCCUGCUCUAGAGGAGCCAAGUUUGGUCCUCAGAGCUGUUCAGGCUUUCCACGAA